CUCAUCUAGUACCUGAUGGUCUUACUCUCUAUUUCCCGACCCCGCUUCACUCUUCACCAGUAUUUGCACCUCCAACAAUGCCAUACCACCACACUUCAACAGCCACUCAUCUAGUUCUCGACUAUGCUCCUUUCAUCAUGGGAAAAACUAUCCUCGUUACCGGUGUCUCUCCAGGGUCACUUGGUGACUUCUACGUAAAAUCCAUCGCAAAAGCUAGGCCUGCCUGUCUCAUACUUGCCGGCCGCAGUGCUGGGAAGCUCGAGCAAUGCGCCAGACGUAUACAUGCUGAAAGCUCGAACGUCCGUAUCAAAACUUUGGAAAUUGAUUUGGGCUCAUUGGAAAGUGUUCGUAAAGCUGCAGAUCAAGUCAACGGCUGGGAGGACGUCCCCUUUAUCGAUGUACUAGUCAACAACGCCGGCAUCAUGGCGGUGGAGUACAAGCUCUCGAUAGAUGGAUUCGAGUCACAUUUCGCUACGAAUCACCUGGGUCCAUUUCUCUUCACGAAUCUCAUUAUGAAGAAGGUUCUCAAUGGGAGAAAUCCCCGAAUAGUCAUUGUGUCAAGUGACGGGCACAGAUUGAGCCCUAUUCGAUUCUACGAUUACAAUUUCGAUGGAGGCAAAACCUACAACAAGUGGGUUGGCUAUGGCCAAUCCAAGACGGCGAAUAUGUUGAUGGCGCUGUCGUUGGCGAAAAAGCUUGGAGUCAAGUAUGGCUUGCAAGCAUACUCAUUGCAUCCAGGGCAAAUCAUGACGAAUCUGGGUUCGCAUCUCGAUUGGAAUGUUGAUAUGCAGGAUCUUUUGUUCGUCUACCGACAGCUAGGCGAGAGAGAAGGCUGGCAAGAUCAGGGAUUUACUCUCAAGACACUUGAUCAGGGUACUGCGACUCAUAUAUAUGCUUCAUUUGAUCCUACUCUAAAAGCACAUAAUGGGGCGCAUCUGGUCGACUCGCAUAUCGCGGAUCCAAUGGAAAACAUUGUCAAGCCAUGGGCAACGAAUGCUCUCGAAGCCGAAAAGCUCUGGGUACUGAGUGAGCAGUUGGUUGGCCAGAAAUUCCCUUACUAGCACAACUCAAGCAAUGUUGAUCCCAGACUCAGCCUCUCGCGAGACAGACAAUGAC